UCUUUUCUGACGUUUUCUGACGUUUUCUGAACUUUAGCGACGUAGGCGGCACCAGCCGCCAUCUUAAACUGUAAGACAAGGAGAGUGUCUUUCUUCUUACGUUUCCGAAAGACUUUCAGUUCGUCGUUGGAAGAGGAGGAUCGUCGUAUUGGAAGGAGGAAGUGCGCGGCUUUUGUGGGAGAGUGCAACAACGAUGCAAGAAAAUAGACUGCUGUGAUCGUUGUGAUCUAUACUAGUGUGUUAUUUUGUGUUAUUCAAAAGAAGAAAACAAAUUUCAAAUCGUUUCUUGUGCAACGUCGAUCGUCGAACUCACCGAUUCGAAGUGAUACAAAAAAAAGGAAUUCGUUUAUUAUACAUUAACAUUUAUGAAGGAAGAAGAAAUAACGUAUACUUAUUUAUGCAAACACCCACACGCACACAUAUAUCAUGCGAUGAUGAACUGAAAUAGAUUACGACGUGCAUCCUUCGUAGAAAGCUACGAAUCAUUGAAAUGGGUUCAAAAAUAGAGUACGUCGAGUCGUCUCACAUGUAUGCAACGAAUUACAUACGUAAUUCAAAAGCGAUCGGCGUACUCUGGGGUAUCUUCACCAUAUGCUACGCCAUAAUUGGUGUUGUUGCUUUCGUAACACCGGAAUGGCUCGGUGAUUUGGAACACGAAAAUCCUGGAAGAUUUGGACUCUGGACAAGAUGUAGCUAUGGAAAUGCAAUAUGUAUGGCAAUUGGUGUAUGUGUUUAUCCGCUUGGCUGGGAUUCACCAGCAAUUCGAGCAGUUUGUGGUGCAUCUGCAUCCAGGUACAAUCCUGGAGCAUGUGCAGUUAGAUGGGCCAUACCAUUAGCUGCAAUUGCUGCUCUUGAUGCUACUACCUUGGCUGCUCUCGCUUUCAUUCUUGCCUCGAGACAUGUUAGAUUACAACCAGAACCUUUCAACAAUGGAUCUUUGUACAAAGGAGAGGUCAAUCCAGGUUACGUAAAUGAGGCUCAAAGCGUGGCUGGCUCACGCAAAUCUUUGUCCUUGAGACCAGUCCUUCUGGUAGCACCACCUGAACAAGAUCGUUACAGUGAACUGUCCAGAGCUAAAUCGCAUUCUCAUCAUAGUCUUUACACGCCAGCACCUUCUCAUCCGGUUCACACGGUUUCAACGAAUACUUUGAAUCAUUCUCAACAUAAUUUUCAACUUUGAACAAAUUUUUCUUCUUUUUUAAAGAACAAGAGUGUACAUAUAUAUAUAUAUAUGUAGUUGUCCAUGACAAUCUUUAUUAUUAUUAAUAUUAUU